AAUAAGAUCCUGAACAGGACAGGCUGCUGCCCGGUUUGCACUGAAAAGCCAGGCGUGUGUACCGUAUUCGGCGACCCCCACUACAACACCUUCGACGGGCGCACGUUUAACUUCCAGGGAACCUGCCAGUAUGUUCUGACUCGAGACUGUGGUGGCAUCCCCUCUGGCGGGGGUGGAAACCAUGCCGACUCUGGCUUCACGGUUCUGGUGAGGAACGAUGCGAGGCGAACCCGCUCCUACUCCUGGACUCAGUCAGUGGAGCUGAGGAUAGGAGGGCUGAGUCUCAGCCUGCACCAGCACCUGACGGUGAGGAGGAACGGCACACGCAUCGCCCUGCCCUACCAUGGCCCUGGGGUCCACAUCGACCUGGAUGGAUACCUGCUUAAACUCACCACCAUCGCAGGUCUGGAGAUCACGUGGGAUGGGGACAGCUUCGUGGAGGUGGUGGCUGCUCCUCACCUGCGCGGUCGUCUCUGUGGCCUCUGUGGGAACUACAAUGGACACAAGCGGGAUGACACCAUGGGCAGCGACGGCCUCUUCAAGUUCGUCGUGGAUGAGUUUGCCGAGUCGUGGCGCGUGGACGGGAACGAGGUUUGUGCACAGCCCCUCAGGAGGCCCACCUCGUACCUCUGUCCCGGCAGUGUAAAGGUGAAGUUCCGCGCCCACAGGGAGUGUCAGAAGCUCAAGUCCUGGGAGUUCCAAAAGUGUCACCGGGUGGUGGACUUUGCCUCCUUCUACAGGUCCUGUGUAACAGACAUGUGUGAGUGUCCGGUGCAUAAGAACUGUUACUGUGAGUCCUUCAUUGCCUACAGCCGGGCCUGUGAGAGGGAGGGAGCCCCCGUCCACUGGAAGCCAGAGGCUGCCUGCAUGGCCACCCAGUGUAAACACGGAGCGGUGUAUGACACCUGUGGCCCAGGCUGCACCAAGACCUGUGACAACUGGAACGAGAUCGGGCCUUGCCACAAGCCCUGCGUGGCUGGCUGCCACUGCCCAGCCAACCUGGUGCUGUUCCAGGGCCGCUGCAUCAAGCCCACAGCCUGCCCUGGCCGGUGACCCUAGUGUCCCAGGGGAAGGGGGCAGAGAGAGGGCCAAACAACCAACACUGCCUGGCACUCAGGGUUCAUACCUGGGGGAGUGAGGAGUGGGGGGAACAUGGGGGGUGAGUGUUGGGUGAUGGAUGGAUGAACAGACAGGCAACGAUGGACUGAAGGGAAUCUCAGAAGACAGGUGGGUCAGCUAGAGACCUCGUCCACUCUGAGAGAGAUAGAUACCGGCCAUCACGGACUGGGGUUUAAAGCUCCACUAUCUGCUGCUCUUACUCGUCCAGCAAUACCUUUGUGUUUCCACAGGAUGGCGCCCAUGUUGUCCUUAAAAUGGGAUAGGUAUCUGGAGGGAACCAUCACCCUUCUAGAUAAAGGGGAGGAGGCCCUUUGGGAAAGCCUUUGUGGCUAUGCUUCUGGACACUCAAGGGACAUCCAUCCAGACUGCUAUGGACCCUCAGGAAAAGGGUGGGGCUGGCUCUCUGUUGAGCCAAUAUGGCCUCAGUGUUUCACUUUGUUGCAGCACACAGACAUUCAAAACCAGGAAACCAACCAAUGCAUCUUGAACAAGCAUUUUCACCCUGCCAGCAUAAGGGAUAAGCUCUACGAUGAAUAUAUUGAACAACCCCCAGGUCUCACUUGCAUAGGAUUCUUUUAUACUGUAAACUAACAAGAUUUGUAUAAAAACAGAUAGCAUUUUGUAUUAUUAUUAUUGUUAUUUGUUUGUUGUUGAUAUUGUUAAUUUAUAUAUCGAUCAAAUUAUAUGUUGUAGCAAGAGCCAGAUUCGUAAAUCUAAUUUCGCUAUAAAUGAUUUAAAGGGAAAAAAGCUAUUUAUGUAUUUGUUGUUUAGUUUGUAUAAUUGUGUCUUGUUUGAAGAGAAACGCCCAAAUGUGACUUGGUUGUUGCACCAUCGCAGGGAAGAAACGUACUGUAUUUUUAAAUGCUCAGUGUGUACAGGUUGUUGUGUGUUGAUUCUCAAACUGAAGGUGUUCCUCGAGACGUACAUUUCACUUGACUUUGUAAGUUAUUAUUUAAGACCAGCAAUAUAUAAUUUUCAUGAAACUCA